GGCAGAAUGCGAUGCCGUUGCCUAGGUACCCUAACCUAGCUGCGGCCUGCAGUUUCUGGAGUCCGAGAUGAAGCCAUAGAAGCCGUGGGGGAUGUUGGGCUUCGGGGCCGCUGGGCGCCGCUAUGGAAGGCGAUAAGAGAAGAACUAGAGAAGACACUUGGAAAUCAGAUGAACUAAAGAAGCAUCUUACGGGAUCUCUGUCAGAUAAUCAAUCAGAUGAUAAGAGACAUCGCGAGAGAAAACCGCAUGAGAGAGAUGGCUGGGAUGCUCCUGACUACAAAGGUUCUCUUUACAAAGAACAAGGCAAGGGCAGAGUAAAAUCAAAAGAAAGAACAGGAGAAAAAGCACGGUUUAAAUCAAGCGAAAGACACAGGGAGGAACGGAAAGAGAGCGGAAGAGAAAAAGAUCAUCCUAGAGAACGAGAGAGAGAAAAGUUUAAGGCGACUCGGGACAGACACGGCAAAGAAGAGAAACAGAGUGCUGGGAGAGGUGGAGAGCGGCAGAGUGGAGGAGAAAGAGAGAGGAAGCCCAGGAAAGAUGAUCCUAAUCAUGCACCUAUGCAAAAUACAGCAGUGAUUUAUGGGGAGAGGAGUAAAGAACAUUAUAGAAGACGAGACAGUAAGGAUUAUAGAGAUCCUUCGAAAGCAAGAGAGGAAGAAAAAGAAAGAAGGUAUUCUGAAAGAAAGAACAAGGAGGCCAAGAACCAUGAAGGUGAGAUUUCAAAAUACAGAGAUGAAGAGCAUGAACAUCAACGCAGGUCACACAGAGAAGAAGAACUGGACAAAGACAGGAAGAGAAAUCACAAGGAGAAGAGAGAGUGGGAACGCUCAGUGGUGGAAGGAAAGGAGAAGCUUCUAAAAGAAAGUCUCAGGGCUUACAAGAAUGGGCAAGAGGGCCACGUGCCCAGGUCACGUAAGGAGCCACCAUUCCACGAAGACAGACUUUACAAGGAGAGCAGUGAGAGGCGGCAGAAAGAAGACGGGGAAAUGAAGAAGAGAGACCACAAGCCCAGUGAACACAAAAGCCAACGGAAAAGUUCAAGGCAUGAAGAUGAAACCGAGCAUCUACGUGAAAGGAGUUCAAAAGAAAAAAUAAAGAACCAGGCCAGGAGCGAAAAAGAAGAUACCAGACAAGAAGAACCGAUAAAGGACAUCACUAAUCCAGCUAACUCUGAUGCAGAUUAUGACAAUUAUUCAGUGAACUAUGAGGAAGACUUUGAGGAUUACGAAGAUGAUUUUGAUGACACGGAUGAUGAUGAAGACGAUGUUGAGGGUCAAGGGACUGGGGAGCGAGAAGAGGAAGAGCGGGAGGCAGAAGAAAAAGUACGGAAGGUUCCUGUGUUCAAGAACUCGGAAAUAGAAGAAAUUCAGAAAGCCAUCAAUGCAGAAAACGAAAGAGCCCAGACCUUCCUCCCAGGGCAAAAGAAGAAUGAAUUUCUUCCCAAAGAAGGUGAAAAGGAACUGGGAAUGGACAGACAAGAUUCACCCAGGAGAAGUCCUGUUCCUGGAAAGUUCAUUGAUUUCCAAACUGCCAAGCGACAGCAAAGUAUCAGGAAGGUUGCCAGCGAGCAGAAGAAACGUAGUCUUGAGCUGCUUCGCCUUAUUGAUCUGGAUUUUUCGGUUAGCUUCUGUUUGUUGGAUUUGCCUCCAGUGAAUGAAUAUGACAUGUACAUCCGGAACUUUGGGAAAACAAACACCAAACAAGCUUAUGUUCAGUGGAACGAAGAUAAUCUAGAAAGAGAUGUUCAAACUGAAGAAAUAGAGAUGCAAGAAAAAUGGACACAGCAUCCUGGAGAGACUGCCAUUGUGUGUGGAGGUCCAAAAAAAAGCAGCAGUGAUGUAUCUGUCCUUGCACCAAAGAUUGAUUCCCAAAGACUGGCAAGUUUCCUGCGGUCUGCUUGUCAGGUAAUUGCAGUUUUGCUUGAGGAAGAUCAAGUCGCAACACAGCCCAGACGGAAUCUAAGAUCACGACAGACCAGUCUGUCUAUUAGCGAUAAAUGCUUUCAGUUAAACACCAAUCUUCCUUUCCUGCAAGGUCGAAAGGUUUCCUGUUUACACAUCUCACAAGCUCAAAGGCAGGCGCUGCUUUCUGUGCACACAUUCCCAGAAAAACCGAGUGAUCUACCGUUGGACAGAAAAAACAUCAUCUGUGUGUGGAAUGUCUGGCAGCCGUCAAACCCUCAGAAAAUUUUGUUUUGUGGAUCACAGGUAACGUGCUGCUGUUUCAGUCCCAGCAAAGCCACUUUAGUGUUUGCUGGGACCGGCGAUGGUUCGGUGCUGGUGUGGGAUCUCAGGGAAGAUUCCAGGAUGCAUCACUGUAUGAACUUCAACGAGACAGACUGGGCGUUUCGAUCGCCAACGUUUUCUACAGAUGGGGUCUUCACAUCAUUGAGCCACAUGUGUCCCAUACUGACAAUUGAGCCGGUCUCAACCACCGUCUUCAAGGAACAGAACUGUGGGCUUUCCUAUCUCUCAUCUCGGGAGGAAUUGUUAGGACUUUCGUUUCAGAUCGCCUCCAUGGAUGAAAAUGGCAUACUCAGUCUGUGGGUAGUGGUUGAACUUCAAAAAGAAGAUUUGGCUGGCUCACAAAGGGAUUUAGGUCUGAUUCCUGGGGGGAAAGUAAAGCUGGUUCAUAGCUCUACCUUCCAAAUUAAGUGCAGCUAUUUGCCAAAAGACACCAUGUGCCUGGGGACCUGCCAGCCAUUGAAUAUUAAAUUUCUGCCUUCUAAUCCGAACCAUUUCAUUGUUGGCACUGACAUGGCUGUUGUGACUCAUGGUACGAGGCACGAACUGAAAGCCCCUCCUAAGCUGUUCAAACCACAACAGGGGGGACCGAGAUCCGCCCGAGUCAAUGCAAUGGACUUCUCUCCUUUCGGAAAGCCACUAUUUUUGGCAGGCUGUUCGGAUGGGAGCAUAAGAUUGCACCAAAUGACUUCCGAGCUUCCGCUCAUUCAGUGGAACGCCAGCACAGCGGGGCAGCCCAUAAUUGCCCUCCAGUGGGCUCUGACCAGACCGGCUGUAUUUUUUGCCUUGGAUGCAACGUCUGUCGUUUAUGUUUGGGACCUGCUGGAAACCGACUUGUCACCUGUCGCCAAACAACCCACCCAGGCAGAUAAGGUUCUGACCAUGGCUGUGCUGGGUGAGCCUGAAAAACUGAACGGCCUCCUAGGGCUUGCGCUAGCCAAAGAAUCCGGGAUCAUAGAGAUCUGGUACGUAAAGAAGAAAUGGGCCGUCCCCCAGCCGGAGGAGUCUGAGAAACUCAACUUGCUUCUGCAGCAGGCUUUGUAGAAUCCAAACUGAUGCCUUUCUGUGAAUAGGCCGAGACCAGCACCUUGCAUUUGUAGAUGUACUUAUUUGUAUUUGGGGAAACACUGAGAAGGGCUUAGUCCAAAGGUGUAAUUUCAUAUUUUUCCCAUUUCUGUAAAUAGUAUUUUUAUAUAUAUAUUUAAGCAAACAGUAUUUCAGCUUGAGAGAUAAAAUAUUUUUGUCAAACAAUGUAAAUUAGAACAAAUGAAUUUUGUCUAAAGGGAGAGAUGAAUUGUAUUUACAUUUCAUUCAGAAAUUAUUUACUUCCAAUGUAUUAGCGAUGAUAAAUUUGUAUAGAUAUUUUGGAAUAAAACCGUGAAUAGAGGGGUGGGUGUUUUCCAAAUGA